AUGCGCAUCAUCAAUAUCAACAUUAACACCAUGUGCGCCGCACAAACCACAACCUCCUGUCUUGCCCACAACGCGCAAUAUGUUCUCCGGGCCCGAAGACGACAGAAUGGCGCCGACGCUACAGUUGCGACAGCCUAG